CGCUGAGGUGCCGUGGAGCGGCCUCGGGCAGGAACCAUCCCUGCACCCGCAGAGGCCACAGUAGCCGCUGUCUGGCCCCAAGAGACGUUUGCUGACCUUUGCUCCAGGACGGAACUAGAACUAAGAUGGCCCGGGGGUGACUCUUCUCUACUAAAUACCGAAUUCUUGUCCAGCGUGGUUGUGGCCAAGUCGGGUAGUUUACACGCCCACCAGCAGCACCCCCAGCAUUCCUGCCAGCAAUUAUACACAUUAUUGAAAAAUUAAUUUACUACUCAACAUGGAAAAUCAUGAACCAGGUGAUACUGCCAAAGAAAACUUAAUUUUCAUUAUAGCCAGAAAAAUUAACCAACUUCCAGAAGCAGACAGGAAUCUACUUGAACAUGGGUCAACGUAUGUUGGAAUUAACGCAGCUCUCUGUGGACUAAUAGCAAAUAGUCUUUUCCGGCGUGUCUUACAUGUGACACAGGCUCGUAUAGCAUCUGGCUUACCGAUGGCAGUGAUCCCAUUUCUGACAGCGGAUUUAUCUUACAGAGGUUUUGUAAAUUUACCUUUGAAUACAGGUGACUUGAAUUGUGAAACUUGUACCGUAACACGGGGAGGAUUGGUUGGUCUUGCUUUGGGUGGUCUUUACCCUGUUUUCUUGGCUAUUCCUGUGAAUGGAGGCCUAGCAGCCAGGUAUAACUCAGCUCUGCUACCAGAGAAAGGAAACAUCUUAAAUUACUGGAUUAGAAUUUCUAAACCUGUCUUUAGAAAGAUGCUGUUUCCCAUUUUGCUUCAGACUGUGUUUACUGCAUACCUUGGGUCUAGACAGUAUAAAUUACUUAUAAAGGCUCUCCAGUUGCCUGAAACUGGUCUAGAAAUUCAAUGAGUGUUAAGCAAAUGUGUAUGCAAAAAUAAAAUUGUGCAAUGAAGCUGUCUAAUGUAUGAAUAAACACAGACUUGUAAUUUGUAUUACAUGAGGUACAGUUUUGGGACCUAUGACAAAAAGCUGCCCAGGGCAACAAAUAGGGCUAACCUCUUAAACAAGAGUGUCAUCUCUCUAAUUCACCUUGUCUCUUCUACUUUGCUGUUCCACUCCUUUACAUAAAGCAAUUUGGCCUAUAACACAAACACGCGCGCGCACACAAUAGCAUACAACACUCUUCAAUGGAGACCUCUUAAAAGAAGCCCAACAAGAAUGAAAACUAACAGAAAAAAGUACAUAUAUAUUAAACAGCAAAUGCUACACUUCAUUUUCCCAACUCAGUUCCAUAGGUAUUAAGUCACAGAAUUUUAGAGCACAUUUAAUGACCUUUCUUACAGGAUUCCAGUAUUUUUGAAAAAUGGUUAUUUAGGCUCGGCUUGGCCUACUCUAACGCUAUAAUUACCUGCUUCAAGUCAUCUUAUUUCUAUCUUUGGAAAGCUAUAUUCUUAAAAGAUUAUUGAGGCAAAAAUCUCAAGUUACAUAACUCAGCACCUGACAUUUAAGGCAUUCAAGUGGUAGCAUGUUCUUUCUAUAAUUCCUGGUUUUGUUUAUAGAAACAACCUAGUCUAAUCCCCAAAAGAUAGAUCAUUUUCAUUCUUUUAAUUGACCUAUUGUUUUCCUUCCUAAAGCAUUUCAUCCCAGUUCUUUAAACCACUUUUUUUGUGACAGUAUCUAAACCAGCAGUUUAACAGAAACUUUCUGUGAAGAAAAUGUUUCCUAGCUGAAUGUCAGUUAUGUUGGUCACUAGCCAUGUAUUGGCUAUGGGGUACCUGAAAUGUGACUAGUGCAAAUUUUUAAUUACUUAGCUAUUUAAAAUUACAUGAAAGGAGAAUUUCUCCUCUCACCUACAGAAGACUGCUUUGCAGGUAAAACAGGCUUUCCAUUUCUCUUUACAAAAGUAAAGCUGUGCAGCUAAAGACUUAAAAUUUAAAUGAAAUUAUCAAAAUACAUUUUCAAUUUUUCAGCAAGUAAAGGUAUGCCCAGCCAAACUUAUGUAAGGAGAUGGUCCUGAUGAGGACAAAGAACCAAUGUUUUACACUGUAUUUUCCAGGUACUAUCUUUGUAUUUUUUUUUGGUUACAUAUUACACUGUGUAUUUUCCUGUUUUUUUUCAUCCUGAUUCCUUUCUGGAGUUCCCCAGUUUUCUAAAGUGAGCAUGCUUUACUUUUACAAAUAGGAAAAAACAUUAAUUCAAAUGAUUGGGGGAAAGAAAGAAAAAACAAUUCUAUAAUCUACAAUAGCAAGAUAAAGUUCUCUGACCCAUAAUUAAUCCAUUUUAUCUGCAUUCUGUCACUUUUAUUUAAGGCUAGCUCCACUUAAGACCACAAAUUACUAGACUUUUAUUGCCUUAAUAGAAAAUGUUAAAAAAUGUUGUAAUUAGGUAAUUCAAAACCCAUUGACAUAACUAAAUAAUGCUUUAGUAAAACCAGUUGUUUCUUUGCCCUAUUUUAAACACUCCCACAGUAUUUAAUCCCUAGCAUACGAUCUAUAAAUGGAUGUAAGAAUUUACAAUGGUAUGACUAAGAAGGAUCUUUCCCUUGAUACCUAUCCUCCACCAUGUAUUAUCUUCUCAGAGAACAUGUUAUUUAAAAUCUAUUGCUACAAAUCUACCAAUAUUUUUGGUGAAGGGGCAGAUGAGACAUGUGAACCUACCAUGAUGUGAUUACAAUUUAAAGAAACUUUGUUACUUAUAGUUAAGACCUAAACAAGGCCAUCUUAGUUGGGAAAAGUUUUUUAAUAUUUCAGUGCAAAGUAAAACUACUUAGCUCUUUUACAAUUUAUUUUGUACUGAUAUAACUUUAAAAAAUAGAGGAUAUAUAUUAAUAGAACUUGCAGACCACCCCUAUGCCCCAAACUGUAGAAGGCUACAAAAGCCACAGGGGUCUUGGAAACUGACCUCAGUAGAACACAGUAAAGGUACAGAAUUUGGAGGCACAUUCUAAAAGUUGGGCUACCAGGAAAAUUCACAUCCAUGCAUAUUACCAGAAUUACACAAAUAGUUGAAAACAAAGUCUGGCUAGAUUUUUAGAUUCACUGAAAACUGAGUACAGUAUCUUCAACAAAACAAGUAAUUGGGGUCAACAAAAUCCAAAAAAUCUGUUGUAAACUGGUUUCUUUUUAAAACAUGGAGAAAAAUGGAUCUAAAAUCUUGAAUGUACAAACUGGGGAAAGGUAAAAAACUAGAAAUAAAAUUCUAUUAUAACCAAUGACAAAGGUAAC